AUGCCGAAAAAACCUGUCCCCGAGGGUAUGGUUGGCGAAGCCUCAGAAUCGGACGACACUCUCUCAUCGACCGACAAAUCCCGGAAGUCCGUUUCUUUAAAGGAUUCAAUUUUUCACACCAUUUUUACCCGUUUGAAGAAAGUCAAAAAAGACGAUGGUACCUCGCUUGUGUAUGCCUUGCGGCUGCCCAAUAGAAGGUAUUUGAAUUCUUCUGUGGCCACUUACUUUUUUGGUUUCGAUGAAAACUACCUAGUUGUUCGUUAUAGGAGUAAUCCGGAUUAUUACGAGACGGUGGCAAAUCCAAUCGAUCCAGACAAAAUUUCAGCCAAAGUCAAAGCCCGCAAGUAUGAAACAGUUGAAGAAAUGGCUGAAGACGUUAAGCUUUUAGUCUCCAACACUCAUUCUUUUUUCGGGGCUGCAAGUCAAGAGGGUCGUGAUGCCACUUUCUUCGAGGAGGCUUUUCUUAAAGGCCUUCAAGAAUCGCAACAACCCACGUCUAAAGCUCCUUCUGUCGCCUCCUCAAGUAGCAGUUUAACUAAUCGGUCGGCCCGACGCAGUAUGAAGCGUGAAAAGACAGACGAUGAAGAGACCGACUUCGAUGCUGCGUCUGUCGCUGCUUCCGAAAUAUCAGAGACGAGUACUACUACAAGCCAUCGGAUUACAGUUAACGAGCAAGCAUUGAAGGUUUUUUUCUCAUCAAUUGUUACCCAUGAAUUGGAAGAAGGCAGGCAGAUUUCGCAAACGUUUUCCACUCUCCCGUCAAAACAGCUUUACCCGCAAUACUACCAGAUAAUCACAAACCCAAUCGACCUCCGAACAAUCGCUCAACGCAUUUUAAAUGGGUUUUAUCACACAUUUGGUGAGCUAGAACGAGAUUUUGUUCAGAUGGCAAGGAAUGCCAAGCAUUUCAACGAACCCAAGUCACAAAUUUAUCAGGAUGCAGUGUCGCUUUUGCGGAUCGUUAAAGAAAAAAAAGGAGCUGUGAAGAGGCGAUUAAAGGCCGACCCCGAUGAAAUCCAGGAUGAUGUUAGUGCUCAUGAGAUCACCGAAGACUAUGCUAAUCUCCCCGACGUGACUGAUAUGGUUUCUCCUAUGUCAAAAAUCGAAGACAACGAUGAAACAGAAGACUAUGAGGGGGAUGAAGAGGGUGAGGAAGGAUCAGUCACAGCCUCUUCAACGCCAGCGCAACCUGCCGUCGUGAAGCGUCGUCGUGGCCGUCCUCGAAAGCAACCAUUAGACAACUUGGUUGCAACUCCCGUAUCCCCAGCAGCCUCCGAAGGCUCGGCUGAUCGACGCUCGUCUUCCUCCGCGACCACCACACCGGUGGGUGUGGGCGGAGUCGGUAGCGGCGGAAACUCGGCAGUGGUCGACAUUUCUUCCCUGAUGUUAGACGAACCGGUGGCUCCACCGGGCUCCCCGCCCCACAUGGCACCCUUUAUUGAUCCCUCAGUCCCGGGCGAGGAACAACUGAUUCCUACAAUGCUCUCAACAGCAUCCGUUGGGUCACUGCGCUGGUGGGGAGAACAUGUGCUUGAAGCCAUCUGCACCGCGACUAAUUCAAUGGGCACACUGCUUGCACUGCCGUUCAUGCGGUUACCUUCUAAAAAAAUUUACCCCGAUUAUUUCCGGCGAAUUCCCAACCCAAUCUGUUUGGCCAAGAUUCGUCGGAAAAUCAAACGUAAUGAAUAUCACAGCUUAGCUGAUGUUCGGACCGAUAUUGACCGUGUCUUCAUGAACGCUCAGGCUUACAACGUGGAGGGCAGCGAUAUUCAUAACGUUGCUGUCUACCUUCAGCAGCUGACUAAAAGUAAAUUUGUCGAGCUGAGCCAAAUAGCAGCGAAGGUGGAGAACUCAGGGAUGAUACCUACCGGCGCAAAAAGGCGUCAGAGCAGAUCAACACUUGGCGAGUCAGAUGACUUCACCCCCACAAAACGACGCCAUCCGAUGACUGCCGAAGAAGCUCGUAACAAGCGACUUAACAAUCUCUACAAUGCCGUUUACAAUCAUGUUGAUGAGGAUGGUCAUCGCCCUCGUGACACUUUCAUGGUGCUGCCAUCAAAGGAUGACUACCCUGAUUAUUAUGAUGUUAUUCAAGAGCCAAUUGAUCUGACCAUGAUCAAAGAGCGUAUGGAAACCAAUAAGUACCCGACACAUCAAGCGAUGGUUGCGGAUCUGCGACUUAUGUUCAACAACGCCCGUCGUUAUAACGAGGAGGAUUCCCAGGUUUAUCGUGACGCUGACACGCUCGACAGAGUUGUGAAGAAGAGGUUAAAAAGCCUCGGACCCUAUGCCAGCUGCCCUCAGGGCAUGGCUCGUAGCCCCGGGAUCCGUCCGCAACAAGAGUCUGCGUCUCCCUACGGUAGUAUGUUGACGAUAGCGCAACACUCUGGUCCGGCUAUUCCACCUCUCCAGCGGUUGAUGUACGAAGUUUUCCAAGCUAUUCGUGAGUACCGUGACCCGAUGGGGCGUCAACUAUCCACCCCUUUUCUCCGUCUACCUAGCAAGGCUGAACUUCCUACCUACUAUGAAUUUAUUAAGCGACCCAUCGAGCUUCAGGGAAUCGCCAAGUAUCUUCUUCAGGGUGGAUAUACUGAUUUUGAGGAGUUUAUGUCGGACAUCUUCCUCAUGUUUGAUAAUGCAUGUGCUUUCAACGAACCAGACUCCCAAAUUUAUAAGGACACGUUAGUUCUCCAUCAAGUUGCUCUAGCUAAGCGGAACAUGCUUCUUUCAGCAGCUUUUUCAUCGGGAACUGUGAUACCUGGUCUGAUGCCUUCCAGUGCACCAGAUAUUGUGCCAGGCAUACGCCGACUACUAACUAGUUUGCAUAACGCUAUGCUGACUGCAUGUGAUACGGAUGGUCGAGGUCUUGUGGACUCUCUUAUUGCUGGUGAUGGGACAGAAAUCUCAGUGACUUCUGCUACUGCCGCGCGAUUGGCCGCGCUCCACCGGAGCGUUGCGGCUGGAGCCUACCGUCGACUAGAUCGCUUGCAAGCUGACUGGCUCGAGGUGCUUCGUCGUGCUCGUGUGGGCGAGGAGGAGGAGCGAAUGGCUGCGCUCUCCGAAGUAGACGCAAUGAGUAAUCGACCAACUCCACAACAGCGCCAAGACGCCGCAGAACUCGCUAGACGUUGGGUUCGUCUUCGCGAUAGUAUGUGCAGGCGUGCCAUGACUGGCGGUACUACCAACUUGCAGUCCAAUGUUGCUGGUGAAUCAAGUGGGAGUGAGUCAGGGGGCGGAGCAUCAUCGGCAAUGUCUCUUCCCACCGGAUGGCAUAUUGUAAGUACGGCUAUGAGCUACACCGAAGCCGCGUUGGAACGGGAUCUAAAAAACGAAGUGGCUCAACAGGAACCAAUGGUUUUCAGUGACGACGAUGGGGAAGAGGAUUUACCAACGCUUGAGGAUGGGGAAAAUGAGGUGCAGGUAAGACCAGACAUUUUGAAACAAAUUAUGGUUUUAUCGAUUGUUCCGCUCUACUUUUGCGUCCUAUUGUUACAGUCAGUUGAAUCGAAGGGCCAAGUAUACCGCGUCAAUGACUACGUCUACAUUGAACCGCUACGGCAAGACGUAACUCAGUGCCACGUCGGCAGAAUUACGCGGAUCUCUGAGGUCAGCGCCAAGAGGGAGAGCGAGGGGGAAGGGACGAACCUGUCACCCACCGAAAUCAGGGUGCGAGUAGCUCUAUACAUGCGCCCGUCAGAAGCAAAACCGUCGCGUCGCAGACGACUCUUGGCAGCUGAAGUAUUUCGUACGGCUUCCAAUGAAGUUGUAUCGCCAAGCAAACUCGCGGGCCACUGCCUUGUCAUGCACAUAUCUCACUUCAUCCGUUGCCGCCCAAGGAACAUCGAAGAGCGUGACGUGUAUGUGUGCGAGUCACAAUAUUCAAUUACCGGACAAAUAUUCGUAAAAAUACGGCGAUGGGGCGCGCCUACUCCAAACGGUAUCGAGCUUGAAGACCGUCAGGCGCCCUUCGUGCCCACACGUCUGCCCCCGAGUGAGCCGCUGGAGAGCGCACUUGAACAGGUCAACACAAGUUCCUUCUCCUGUAUGACGUUCCCCUUACCAAGACCUAUUCAAACGGUAGUGGAUGAAGUUUCGAAGACGGAAGGCGUCGUCAGUUACGAACAAUAUGUUGGCGAGAAUAAUUUAGUCAUUAAACAAGGCGACUGUCUUUUCUUCCCUUCACCAAGUAAUGCAUCAGAUCGGCAGAUCCUCCGAAUUGAUAGAUUAUGGAAGAACAUGAAUGAGGAAACCGUAUUCGUCACGGGAUCAAUAUUCGUGUUCCCUGUUGAAGUGGACCAUCUUCCCACACGUGUUUUCUUUCCACGGGAGGUCUUUUUGACCAACAACGAUAAAGCUACAUUCCCCAUCUCUUCGGCCAUGGGAAAAUGCCUCGUUAUGCGUGCUGCUGAUUUUUUUGUUGCUCGACCGACGUCGUAUCGUGAGGGAGAAGUUUUCGUCUGUGAAUCAAAGUUCUUCGAGGAUGAAAAAGUUAUUCGCAAACUAAAGAAAGGAUUCAAGAAGUACAAGUUCUCUCCUGACACAGUGGAAGAUGAGUUUUUCUUCUUCACUCAGCCGAUAGUGCCUCACAAGGAGGCCUCUCCUCUCCUCGUGAAGGCGUCGCCCUCACCACUCAGUUUGGAUCAGUUGAAUCAGCCGCCGUCGGCAGCCGUUUCUUGUGUUAUGGCUGCUGCCAACGGCCAGACGACUUCUGCCGCUGACUUCGCUCCUCGACUCGCCCCCGCACCACCUCAGUCGCCUGACGUGGGACAACUCGCCUUCAUGGAGGUCGGGUUGGACAGAAGUGGCAAGAAGCGAAAACUUCGCAAACCGCCUUCGGGUUAUGUAAUCUAUGCGGGUGAGGUGCGUAAAAAGCUUCUUCAAGAUCGUCCUGAUGCACCGUUUGGCGAAAUAUCACGUGAAGUUGGAUUAAUGUGGCGUCAGAUGCCUUCACACGAACGAGACAUAUACGAGCGCAAGGCGCAAGUGAUAAAGCGUCGCAUGGAGGAGCAGGAGACUCAGCAGAAGGCGCGGCUGCAGGAGCAAGAAAAAUUGAUGCAGGUACAUCCGCACCACCAUGAGAUGGUCUCUCACGGCGACCCUCAUCAUGUGGCCAUGGCCCCUGGGAUGCCGUCGGCAUUGGGGGCUGGCAGCGCUCAACCCACCGCCCCCACGAUGCCCUCAGCCCUCCCUGUAUCGACCCCCCACCACGCAGCCGCUGCCAUGCAGUUCUAUCAGGCGACUUCUGGCGCCCCUGGCGCGGGACCGGUCAUCCAGCUAAUGCAUGCCACCACCACCUCGUCGACCGUUGCCAAUGCUGCCCCAUCCCCGAUGCAACCUCGAUCUGGCAUAGUUGAGUCGCCACUUGUUGCCGGUGCGACCGUUCUUGCCAAUCCGAUGUCGCACGCACCUGUUCUUGCCACCACCGCCGGACAACAGGUGGUCUAUCAGUUCGCAAAUCAGCAGGCUUCGGGCAUAGCCCCACCACCAAACGUGAACCUUGGUGGCCCACAGGUCAUCCUGACGCACCCACAUCACCCGCAGAUGGGCGGGCACCACGCUCAUCCUCACCACCAGCACCAAGCUCAGCCUCCGCCUCAGCCUUUCGGAGUGGUGCCAACUCAGCCCCUACCACAGUCCAGACAGCAUGCUAUUCCUACGCAACAGGUGCAAGCUGCUCAACAACUGAACCCAACGACAAUGGAAGUGACUCACACAGCGGUGAAUGGUGGUGGUUCUGGUGGCACGGCAGUGGUGCCCCAACCAAUGGCAGCGGCCACGGUGGCCGCGAUCCAGGCACAGACUGCACCUCAGGGUGGUGCAGUCACCAGCGCACCGGCACGUGCACCCUCACCGCUGUUCGUAUCUGUGCCACCACGCACCUCCAGGGUGCUCCACUCCGAGAUUUACCAAAGGCAA